UGAUGCUAGUAUCUGUUCUUCUGAUAUAGCUUGCAGAUGUCUGAGCAUGUCUAUGAGAAGUUCCUUGCUCCAGAAGAGCCAUUUCCCCUGCUUUCACAACGAGGAAACUUCAGUGAAGAUGCCACACUGGAUAUUAGCGACUUUGGGUGUCAGUUAUCAUCGUGUCACAGAACAGACCCUUUACGCCGCUUUCACAGCAGCAGAUGGAACCUGACGUCAUGCGGCACUAGUGUUGCCAGUUCAGAGUGCAGUGAGGAACUCUUCUCAUCUGUUUCUGUGGGCGAUCAGGAUGACUGCUACUCCCUCCUGGAUGAUCAGGAACUCACAUCCUUUGACCUGUUCCCAGAAGGCAGUGUCUGCAGCGACGUGUCCUCCUCCAUCAGCACUUACUGGGAUUGGUCCGACAGUGAAUUUGAGUGGCAGUUACCAGGGAGUGACAUAGCCAGUGGCAGUGAUGUGUUGUCAGACAUCAUACCCAGCGUGCCCAGUUCACCCUGCCUUGUAUCCAAAAGAAAAAACAAACCACACCGAAAUCUCGAUGAGCUGCCCUGGAGUGCCAUGACUAACGAUGAGCAGGUGGAAUAUAUUGAAUAUUUGAGUCGAAAAGUGAGCACAGAGAUGGGACUUCGGGAGCAACUUGAUAUCAUAAAAAUAAUCGACCCGAGCGCACAGAUACUGCCGACAGACAGUGAGUUCAUCAUUGAACUUAACUGCCUCACAGAUGAAAAACUUAAACAGGUAAUGAAUUUCACUAAUAAAUUACAUGACUUUCUAAAAAAACGAGUUAGGGGAAGUGACCUGGUUAAUGCCUCUCAAUGCCCAUUUUAAACGAAAUGACAUUAGUUUAUUCACAGUGUUGUUUUUUUCUAAUUAUUACUUCUAAGACAUAAAAUAAAGGGUUAACAAAAAGUCAGUAUCAGCAUGUAUUAUGGAAACAACAAAAUUCCAAAAAUGCACAUCCCCAUAACACAAUAAAUAAAGAAUAAUUGGAUCCAUGAGUAAAAUGAUGUAAUGUUAAUUGAGUACUGGUUGAAUAGUCUGUAGAUAAGCAAAACGGUUCUCUGGGCGGCCAUAGACUUUCACUCAAGUAGAAGAAGAGGAAGUAAAAAGAAAAUAAAAAGGGGCUGGACCCAUUACCACACAUUUCAUGACAAUUUAUUGGCCAGUGGCGUUUUGCACUGUAUCCGAGGAUAUAUCUGGUAUGCCCCAUAAGAGUGUGCUCGUGCCAUCUCACCUCAGAUUUUAUUUCCUUUAGGAUGUGGUUUAUCUGUUGCCCAUCGGAAAAGCGAUUUUUGUUUUUUUUACUGACUAUUUUAGAGCCCUUUACCACUCCUCUCAAGUGGACACGAUAAAUUUUUCUUUAAAUGUGCGGAUCUGUAUGACAGAUUCAUCACGGUAGGGUACACACGACAGGUGCUAUAUGCUAUGUUUUUGCCUCAGCAUGUUCAAGUGGCACUUAACAGUGACCUUCUGGUCCCUGUCCAGCCUGAUCCCCUGUCUCUGACAGAUUUUGGCCUGACUUGGGCUCUCAUGGCCUUUAGCCUUUGGAGUCUGAGAAAUAGCCCUAGGGUCGUGCGUGCAUUUUUUUUUGCAUUUCUGGACCCCAAAAAGAAUGGUGGUUUGCGUCUGAUUCUGGACUUGCGUUGCCUGAAUCUCUCACUCAGAAUGAGCAGGUUCAAGAAGCUGGCGUUGAAGUCCAUCUUGUCUCAAGUCUGGACCGGAGAUCGAUUCAUGAUAUCAAUCUGAAAUGUGUAUUUUCAUACUCCGAUUGUUGUUAUGGCUGGCUCAUAUACUGCAACAUAAAAGAGGCAAGCAAGAAAUUCUUCAAACAAUAAACCAAUUUAUUUACAAAAGAAACAAUUAUUGAACAAUCAAAAUAAAACCAACAUCUUGGGGAAAAAAUGUGUGUGUGGUGACUAAAUGUGCAUAUACUCUGGCACUAAAAAUAAAUAGGGAAAAGAAACCAAUCACAUCGCACCAUUCCACGCAUUGUAAACAGUAAUGGCGGUGCUCUGAAUACACCCGGCAUCCUAGUUUUCCUUAUCUGCUUUGUACUUUGUGAUCAUCAAAAACAGAAAAAUGAAUAAUAGAUAGCCAGAUACUCUUUAAUCGGUAAUGACAAACGGAGACAUAAUUAAUUUAUAACAUUAACAAGAUGACUCGUUGAAUUCAUUUUGGGAGCGACGACUGAAUGUAUUUUUAGUCUAAUGCCUGUACAUAAGAUUAGUAUUGACAAAGAUCAGAGGCUGUCAUAUAUGUGAAUCAACUUUGUUGUGUAUUUUCAAUAUGAAAAAUAACUUUUAUAUUGAUAGAUUAAUUGCAUUUUGAAAAAACAAAAAAGUA